UACCCGACCCGAUUUAAAUUGACGAUCUCAAAGCCUCCUCCGCCUUGGACUUCCGCCUUCGACCUUCGACCUCCGACCUCCGACCUCAGCCGUCUCCAAGCCUUCGCCUUCGACCUCCGCCCUUCGCCUUCAACCUUCGUCGUCUCCAAGCCUCCGCCUUCGACUUCAGCCGUCUCCAAGGCUCUUCUUUUUUGACCGAAUUCAAGCCUCCGCCUUCAAGCUCGACCGACCAUCAACAGCGACCUCCGAAAAUUCUUCUCCUCGGUUUCUUCUAACACUGAGGUUCGGGUUCAGUGAAAAUUAUUGAAGUUAACUUUUGUUUUCUUUGAGAAGCAACAAUGUCUGGAGUGAUGAAGAACUUCUUUGUUACAUCUAUGGUCAUGUGGGCGGCUCCUGUUCUGAUACUGUACAGCUUUAAUUAUCAGAUAUUCCCCGGUAUAAGUGAGCUUUCCUCCUCCUCCAAGACAUUACUGAGUGGAUUUCUUGCGGUUAUAUCAGUGAAUUUGGUUAUUGCAUACUAUAUCUAUUUGGCAAUGAAAGAGAAGCCACACAACGAGGCUCAGCCGGACCCAACGUUUGUAGCUGCUGCAAGAGCCAGCAUUACCCAACAACCCUCCAACUCAACAAUCAAUGACGAUGAUGAAGGCAAUUCAAGGCCAAAAGAGGAGUGAGGAAGAGUUCUGAGGCACUGCUGUUUUCUUUUGUUCUAAUUUUGUUACAAAUUUUCAUCCUGAACUGGUGACUGUAAAAGGUACGUGCUAUGUUGAGUAUCUAUGAAGCAACAUCAUGUUCUUAGAAGA